GGCACACGUGUAGUGAGGUAAAGGUAAAGCGUGCGGGUUCUGUUGUAAGCAUAGGGGCAUGACGUUAGAGUGUGAUUCCAAUUUCAUUUUCAUUUUAAUUUUAAUUUUCAUUUCAUUUAGCAUCGUUUCUUCUUUUUUCUUCUUUGUUCUGAUCUAUACCUCACUUCUCUUUCUUUCUUUGACCCAAACCUACACUGUCAAAUUCACACCUCUUUCUUCUUCUUCUUCUUCCUUGCCGUUUUGUCCUCUUUCACUGUCGUUUCAAUCUAGGUUUCGAAAAUGAAGUCUUCGCUUAACAAGUUGAAGCGAAUUGCACUUCACAAAACCGUUGGGAAAGACAAGAAGGAGUUUCAACCUUCCGUUAAGUUCGAUGAGCUUGCUCUCGCUGCUAAGUAUAUGCAAGAGAUGAGAGAUUGCUAUGAUAGCCUGCUUGCUGCAGCUGCUGCCACUGAAAAUAGUGCUUAUGAAUUUUCAGAGUCGCUGCAAGAAAUGGGUACCUGUCUACUGGAGAAAACUGCCUUAAAUGAUGAUGUAGAGAGUGGUAAAGUUUUGGGGAUGCUUGGAAAUGUGCAGUUUGAACUUCAGAAACUUGUUGAUAGCUACCGUUCUCAUGUAGCACUGACAAUAACCAGACCAUCCGAGUCUCUUCUUAAUGAACUAAGAACUGUUGAGGACAUGAAGCGUCAGUGUGAUGAAAAAAGAGAGGUUUAUGAGUACAUGGUUGCCCAACAAAAAGAGAAAGGAAAGUCAAAAAGUGGUAAGGGUGAAAAUAUCACUUUACAGCAUUUGCAAGCUGCUCACGCUGAAUAUGAAGAGGAAGCAACACUCUGUGCUUUUCGGUUAAAAUCCCUGAAACAAGGCCAGUCACGUAGUCUCCUAACACAAGCAGCUCGCCACCAUGCUGCUCAGUUGAAUUUCUUUCGGAAGGGACUUAAAUCACUGGAGGCUGUUGAGCCACAUGUUAGGAUGGUUGCCGGGGUGCAGCAUAUUGAUUACCAAUUCAGUAGCCUUGAAGAUGAUGACGGUGAAGGUAGUUUUGAAGAUGAUGUGAAUGAGUAUGAGUAUGAAGCCACUGAAGGCGGUGAGUUGAGUUUUAACUACAGAUCAAACAAGGAUUAUAUUGUCCCCACAUCGCCAAACGCAGCAGAGGUGGAAGAAUCAAGCCGUUCAAAUGUUCGAGCUUCAACCACAGAAACUGCAGAGACAAGUUUAGAUAAGAAUCAUGGAGAUUUUAAAGUAUCACAUAGAGAUCCACCAAGAGUCAGCAGCUAUUCAGCUCCAAUAUUUGCGGAAAAGAAAUUUGACCCAGCUGAAAAAGUAAGACAACUGUUGUCAUCAUCUGCAGCAAAGCCUAAUGCUUAUGUACUUCCUACACCUGUCAACAUCAAAGAAACAAAAACUAGUUCUGCACCACGCUUAAGUGCAAGUGCAUCUUCACAUGAUUUGUGGCAUUCAUCGCAUUUGGAGGAAAAAAAGAAUGGGAGAGAUUUUGUUGAUGGUAAAUUGUCAGAACCAGCUAUCCCUAGAGCUCACUCUAUUCUCAAAGAAAGCAACAGUGAUACAUCUGCUCAGUUACCACGUCCGUCGACAGAGGGACAAUCACAUCCACAAGUUGAUAUUUUUAAUGCUUUUGAUACUAAGAAAAUAAAAAGGCAUGCUUUUUCAGGUCCAUUGACUAAUAAGCCAUUGUCUGUAAAACCUGUCUCUGGGGGUUUUCCACGUCUGCCGAUACCCCAGCCUUCCUCUCCAAAAGCAUCUCCUGGUGCUUCGCCUCCCCUUGUUUCUUCACCUAGGAUAAGUGAACUACACGAGCUUCCUAGACCCCCUGGUAACCAAACCAGCAAGGCAACUAAAUCUUCUCGAAUAGGUCACUCUGCUCCAUUAGGAUUAAGGAAUCCAGAGCAUCCUGCAAUUAAUAAAUUUCCUCCAGUUGUAUCAAGUUCAGCAUCUCCACUUCCAACUCCACCCAUCACUGUCUCUCGGAGUUUUUCUAUACCCUCAAGUAGUCAGAGAGCUGUGGUAUUGAAUGUUAGUAAUAAGUAUUUGCAUACUCACCAAAUUCCAGAAAGGGUUGAGGAAGCUGCAUCACCUCCACUGACACCUUUAUCCCAGAGAGUAUCAACUCUACCCGAACUAGCUUCUCACUCUAGUGAAAUCCAAGUGGAUGCAGGUGGGAGCUAAAUCUCAUGCACAAUGCUGAGUUCUGGUGAAUGAUAUGAAGUAUUUGCAUUCUAUGCUCGUCCAAGCUAAAAAUCACUGGCAUGGAAUUCUACGGUUUUGCCCAACAGAAGGUUCUCGGAAGAAGUAUAUGUAAAUAUGCUAUGUAUGGUUUAGCUUCUCAUCUCAAUUUGUAUCUAUUAUUUUUACUAUAAUAACUAGUGUUGAUGGGAACUAAACUCUACAUGAUUGUGUCUUUAUGUGUUGUGUAUAUAUUCCGGAUGAAAAAUUUUGUUCACAUCCCCAAGUAAAACCAACUUAAACCCUUCAACCUUUUGAGGAUGAAAGUAAAUCUAGAAACAGAUACCCCUCCCCCCUCCCCCCUCCCGAAUUCCUAGCUUCUCUUGCCUUUGGCCAGACAAUGAACAGCAGAUAGCACUUGAAUUUUCCCAUUGAUGAACUCAUUAGCCCUUGAUGUGGGUACUUUUGUAUUUUUAUUAUUAGAGAAACUCCUAACAGUGAAAGGUUGUUUCUACAAACUUUAUCCAUUCCCCUUGUACUGUUUCUCAGCAAUUUGAUGUAUUUUGUUUCAUCUUUGAA